AUGUCCUUCAUCAUCAGGACCAUCUUAGAGAGAUGGACAUGGACAUACGAACCCCUCCCGCAAAGCAUCACCCAGAAUCCUACGAAAAAUUCCACCCGAAAGCGCCUACUUGCACUGCCCGCAGGCUUAGCAGUCGUUGGAGUCGUGUAUCUUCUUUGGUGGAUAACCUCUGCAAAAGCCCCAUACUCUCCUCUGGAUAACUACCAAAAUAUAAACGCCAACCCCAUCCUGGGAGCCCGGCCAGUAGCGUCGCCGUCAUCAAGAAAUCAUACUGCGGUGGUGUCGACCCUUUACACGGACAGCUACGCCAUCGGGGUCGCUGUUCUCGGGCAUUCUGUCCGGUCAGCCAAUAUGACAUCCCGUCUCAUCCUCCCUUAUCUCGCGCGCCGAGUCUCUCCCCACGCACUCUGCAUCGUCACGGCCGCCGGCUGGGAACCACAAUCCAUCCAGUUCAUACCACCGCCUCAUCACGGGAAGGGCGUUCAUCAGCGGUUUAAGGACCAAUACACCAAGCUAAACAUAUGGACGUUUGAUCAAUUGGGGAUAGAGAAGCUAGUGUAUCUCGACGCCGAUACCCUCGUCCUAAAGAAUUUUGAUGAAUUGUUUGAGAUGCCAUUCAACUUCGCCGCGGUCCCCGACGUUUACGAGCCGGGCGAUCGGAGGGGGUUCACGAUAUCGUUUAACGCGGGGGUGUUGGCGAUUCAGCCGUCUAGUGCCGUUUUCAAGGAUAUGAGGGAGAAGAUUGAGACGGCAAGGUUCCCCCCGGUAGAAGCGGAGCAGUCGUUCUUGAACCAUUAUUACGGCGCCAAGGGUGUUCGGUUACCUUACGCUUACAACAUGAACUUGGCCAUCAAGAAGCGGAGUCUGGAGCUUUGGGAGAAUUUGAAGGAGGAGGGGAAGAUUGUGCAUUAUACGCUGUUCAAGCCGUUCAAAGGUCUUUCGAGGCGGGUUUCGACGAGGGUGGAGGAAGAGGAGGCGAUAAGAGACGCUGCUACGCAAGAUGGAGGGUUCUUCGCGGAAGAGUUUGGGUGGUGGAAAAGUGCGUAUGAGCGGCUGAUGGCAGACAAGGGUGAAGAAAUUGAGAGGUGUCGUCCGGCCCGUGGAAGGUCUUGGUAAAGGGAGGUGUACAGUAACUAUCAUAUACCAGUGGAAUUAACGCACUAGACUAUAAUACUCACGACAUCGUAGAGCUCCAUAAUUCUUAGAAGGGUUGAAUUAUCAUGACCUUCAAUACGCG